AUGGCCGACGAAGGCAAGAUGGAUGGCGGCAAACAGUCAGGCGGCUCCACUGAUCACCAUGAUGGCGACAAAGUCUGCGGCGACACCCAGCUGGUCCCGAUGCCACCGUACAAACGCGCCGACCAGUCCGUUCCUGCCACCGCUUUUCAUUAUUUCUUGCAACUACCCUGGGAGCUUCGCAGGAACGUGUGGGUGUUCGCCCUUCCCCGAACCGUCUUCAUGUCAACGGUCCUCAGGCCCACAGAUUGCGUGCCUUAUCCGCCCAUGGGGCGUGCGUGCCGCGAAGCGCGCCUCGUUGCGAAAGAGUUUGGGUCUAUGGUCACGGCAUGGAGGGAGCACCACGACGGCCAUUGCUGGAGGGGCACGCACUACGACGGCCGUUGCUGGAGGGGCCACCCUGUGGUGAACCCGGGCAUAAAUUAUGACGUUCCAAACAAGGCUGAGGUGUGCGUGCGGACUUGGUUCAGUAGCAAGCUCGACACCUUGGUGCUUGACAUGUGGUGGCUCUGUCCGCUGACAGAACACAGGCAGAAUGACUUAAUCGACUUCACCGGGAUCGAAAGGUCUGCCACCACGCACCUUGUGCUUCAGGGCGACCGAUUUGGCUGGCAUCCGAGAGACCUCGAGUACGUUUACCGGACCUGUUUAAAGCGCCACACAGAGGUCCUCCUCAGCAUCAGGUCAUUCUCUUUCAUCCUGAAGGACCAAGAUUACGACACGAACAUGGGACUGGAUAUCUCUCCACGGCCUGGAGAGCGUGGCAGAGUCAUUCGCCUUGACGACACUGUUGCUUUGACCAAAUACCUCAAGUUGUGGAACGAGUGGCGUCGGAGUGAGACAUGCCCUAUUAUCGACGGCGACUACAGCUUCGAAAGCUGGUUGGAGACAGCUUUGGACAGCACGAGGGCAGGUGAAAAUAAGAGAGAGAAGAGAAAGUACAUGGCAUGGAAUGUGGAAGAUCAGUCAUAUGAGCAGCGCCUUGUCUCCCCGGAGGCAUAUUUCCUUCUCCGAACUGUCGACAGUAUCAUUCACAAACACACGUCAGUCGAAUACAUGAACCAAGACAUGGACGAAGACACGGACCAAGAAACGGGCCAAGAAACGGACCAAGAAACGGACGAAAGGAGCGUGCGCCGGGCGAAUGAGAUCAUGGACGACACGGGGAGGCUUAAGGAAGACCAUCCCCUAGUGCAGAACCUCGACAUCAAGUUACCUCAGGUUAUACCUGUGUACACCCUCAGCUUCCUCUGGAGGGGUCUUUCCUAG